CGCGCGCUCUUGGCGGGAGGCGGAGGCGAGGCCGUGGCUGGCGUUGGCCCGAGGACCUCAGAGGAUUGCUACAAUGAGUCUACGGAAGCAAACUCCCAGUGAUUUCCUAAAGCAGAUCAUAGGAAGACCAGUUGUAGUAAAGUUAAAUUCUGGAGUUGAUUACCGAGGUGUCCUGGCUUGCCUGGAUGGCUACAUGAAUAUAGCUCUGGAACAAACAGAAGAAUAUGUAAAUGGACAACUGAAGAAUAAGUAUGGGGAUGCAUUUAUUCGAGGAAACAAUGUGUUAUAUAUAAGUACACAGAAGAGAAGAAUGUGAAGAUACCAGGAAAGGAAUAAUUUUGUAUUUUCAUAUAUUUUUUAAAAAAUUUAAAAAAAAUUUGUUCCUAUUUUUGUUAUGUAAAUUUUCCUGUUUUCAUUAUAGUUUAUGCACUGACUUGGGGGGAGGAAGUGGAGCCAUUUUAAACAUACAUAAACUAAUGGUUUCAGUUGUACAGAGCUGUUCUACCCUUUAAGUUUGGUAACUUUCUUAUGACUGUGUCAGUGAUAAUGAAUAAAAAAACUAAAAGGUAACAGAUUGUUACCUGCUGCUGCUGAAAAAAAUUUUUCUCCCAAUUUAAAAUUUCAAGUAAUGAAAUCUACUAUGAAGAAGGCUUUUUCUUUCUCAUACCCUUGACUGAAAGUAAAACAGUUGGAUGGGAUGAGCUUUCCAAUUCAGGCAAUUUCAAAAAGUGUUACCACUUGUUUUAUUGCUUUUCUUUUCUGCCAAGCUACAAGUUACACGAAUAUAUUAGUAGAAAUGCCCUAUUAAAAGAUGUCCAACUUGAGUCUGAAACUUUUUUAAAUGUCUGUAAAUUUUAAAAUGUAGGUGCUAAACAAUUAAAUCCCCUGGAAGUAGGGAUUAGGGGAGGGAGGAGUAGGUGAGAGAAGGGUGGAGGUAGACCAGAAUUAAAUAGUUUGAAUCAAAUGUAAUGGUAGCAUUUCCAUAAAAAGAGUGUGAAGGAAAAGAACUGAGUAUGAAAAGUAGUAUGCGUGUUAACUCUGGGCCAAUUAAGUGAAAAAAAUUUUCAUUUGGUAUCUGUCAGCAGUUAUCCUGGUGUCUGUCCACUCCCUUCUUCCCUGACACUAUUCUAGUUAGAUUUUUUAGAUGUCCUUAUUUCUUUUCCUCAAGCAAAAAUGACAUAAGUAUAAUCUGUUUUUACAAACACAGUAGGGGACAGGGCAUCUCUGUAUGUUUCUACAACAACACUUUUGAUUAAAGGAAAGCCUAGUGUUUCUAAGGUUUGAAAUACUAAAUUAUGAUUUGGAAAUAAUCCUAUGUUAACCUUCUAACAUGUUUGGAAAGUAAUUUUAGGGAAGCCUUUGCAAUAGAAGUCUGAACUAAAUUUGAUCAUGGUUUUAUCCAGUAGUCCUGCCUCAGACCUCUGCUUUUAUGUUGUUUGGCACAAGACAGUGGCUUUAGGUAAUAUGUCUCCCGCCAAGUGAGUUUUUACAAUUUAUUAAUGGGCUUUUCAAAA